GUGCGGAAACGUUAAAUUAGUAGAUGAACUCGCGCGUAUAAGUUAUUCGAAAACGCGGUUGACAAGUGUGCUUGCCGUUCAAAAAAAAAAAAUAAGACGAGUAGACUUAACAGUGAAAAUGAAAGUGUGAUUUAAAAAAAUUGUGAAAUUCAUUCUGUUCGGUGGAAAGUAAUUUUUGGGCUUUAUAAAUACAUAUAAUUAAACUGGCAAAAAGCGCACCGACUCAUCCACCAAACAUUGGUUGGCAUGCUGCCAGCACGAGUUGCAUGAACGACUGUCUCAUCCUUCAGACAAGAGCCAAAAAACGCACGCUAAUUGGCACGACAACCAAAGAGCACUUAGUGACACAAUGCCCGAACGCAGGGCUGCAUUUUUACAUCCGUCGGAUACGGAACGAUUGCUCUGCAUUUUCCUAGCGCUUAUUCUUCUCGCUCCUUUUGCGGCAGCUUGCUCCAGUCGUGCCAUACAGAAAUCACCGCCGCCGCCAUUGCCAUCCACAGGACCAGCUGAUGAUGAUUCCACCACGCAGCGCCCAAACAUAACAUUCCCGAUUUACAGCUGCCCGCCCACCUACGCUGCUUGGUAUUGCCUAAACGAAGCCACCUGUUUUACCGUUGAAAUCCACAAUGAAAUACUCUACAACUGCGAGUGCGCCACCGGCUUUAUGGGCCCACGUUGCGAGUACAAAGAAAUCGAUGGCUCAUAUUUGCCGACAAGACAGCGUGCCAUGCUCGAAACCGCCAGCAUUGCGAGUGGUGCAACAUUAGCGCUGCUCGUGGUUGUUAUACUCUGUCUGAUGUGGUACAUACGCUACGACAAACAGCGCCAGAAGCUGAAUGAGAGCGCCGAAAUGGCUCACGACAACGAAGGCCUCGACGAAGUAGACGGUAUGACGCGAUUGCCAGUGCGUCGACCAUUCGGUGAACAUCAUUAUAAAACUCUGCCUUUAGCAGCGGCUUUUAAGCGAUAAUUUACUAAAGACGGAGGAGAACCGUCCAAAAUAAUGGGCAGCUAAAACGUCAACUGAAAGGGGCCUUUAAAAUUCCAGAUUACCACGCUAAUGGCUACUAGAAUAAAUAAGUUUAAUGACGACG